UAAAUGCUGCAUGGCAUCGAACAUCUUUAUGCUUAGCAGUCAUUACGACCCGUAAGCUUUAUAUUUUUUCUUCAGAUAACACCAAAGAAGAAGAUUUCAAAUUUUCAUGCAGAAUAAUGUACGAUGCAGAUUGCAAUUUCUUAUCCUUGUUUUGGUUAAAAGAUCGACUGAUGACAGAAAUGUGCCACGAUGAAUGGAAAACCAAUGCUUUUCAAACAAAUGAAUUUCGUUAUUUCAUUUGGAAGUGUCGUUUUACUCGAUACAAAAAAAAACCUGUAAAUGAACAUUUUCUUCCAAUACAAAAACUUUCCGGUACAGCAUUUAGUCAAGAUUUUUAUACAAUUGGUAUCAAUAGAUCCCCUUCUUUAAGGACCUCGUGGUGUCCUCAUGACACCUUCUUUUCAACUUUUGAUCAGUGCGAACGCUCAGAUUCGUUUUGGUGUUUUUCUUCAAAAAAAGAUUCUUUUGAAUCUACCUGUUUAAAACCGUUUUUUUUGCAACCUGAUCCUUCUUGUCGCUUUUUAGCCCUCAUGGUUCAAAUUCAGAUGAAAAACAAAACGUUUAUCAGCCCUACAGUGCGAAUUUGGGCUUUAUAUAACAAAAAUCACUCAUUUCCUGUCAAAACAUAUACGCCACCUAUUUCUUUUCAGCAUCGAAAGACAGAAUUUUCUACAAUGAACUCUACACAAAAUUUGAAAAACAACGGAGAAUUCCAAACAUUCAAUAAUGAAAAUCUUUUUCUUAAGCUUUCACAAGCGGAAAAAGAUAUUCUUCAUUCUUGUUCUACUAUAAUAGACACUCCAGAGAAAGCCAAUCAAUCAAACAAGGAUAAUGAAUUCUCAAAAAAUUUCGGUUUUUCACGCUACAGUGCUAUGCAACACGCUGUGAAUAUUAACACGUCCUGUUGUGUCACUUCUCUUUCUCACGGAGCUCCCGUUGUGGCUUUUCAGUGGCAUGAAUCGGGACCUUUAACAGAUGGCGUUUUCAUACCACGUUAUGUAUGUGUGGUAACGGAAAAUCAUUAUAUCACAGUUUGGUUAGAAUCUUCAUUUGAUGUAAGAAAAGUGGUUUUUAGAUUAUUUCGUAUCAAGUGUGUUAAAUUACUUUAGUCCCCGUUAUCUUUUGAAGCGGUAGCUUGUUUACCACUCAAUGCCACGACACCACCUUUUCACAGUGUUUCAAUGAAAGGUAGUUAAUUUACCUGUGUUACUAGUAAGACGGUGAUGAAACGACACUUAGACCCGUUUUCGAAAACAUUGUCGAGUUGCGUACAAAUGUGCUGGCUUAUGUCUCAUCGCGUGAAUAGUACUAUUCCAAAUAUAGGCAAUCUCUUACGACUUACCAAAAAAGAGGUCAUUUCUUUUGAAACAUUUUUAUUGUC